AUGGAGGCAAAGACCGAGUCGGUUCUUGACGCGCCUGUGGUUGCGCCGCCAGGAACGGUGAGAGAUAUGUCUGAAGCGGAGAGCUUGAACCUAGGCGUGGAGGAGCUGUUCGUAAAAGUUGACCAGCUUGAGCAGAAAUUCAAUGAGGUUCAACAAUUCUACUCCACUUCAAAUGCAAAGCACCUGGACACUCGGGUUGGUUAUUUAUUGAAGGAAAAAGAAAGGGACAAGUUUUCUGCGUGCAGCUUUAAGAAGAAGCAGCAAGAUAUAGCAAGUAGGGAAGCAGUUGCUGCUCAGAGAAUGCAAGAGCUUAUGCGCCAAUUUGGGACGAUAUUGCGACAGUUAACUCAACACCAGUGGGCGGGGCCAUUCUUGCAGCCUGUGGAUGUAGUAGGUCUUGGUUUGCACGACUAUAUGAGGUAUGAUGUUAUUGAGAAGCCCAUGGAUUUCAGCACUAUCAAAUGCAGAAUGGAGGCCAAAGAUGGUACUGGGUAUAAAAAUGUUCGAGAAGUAUGCGCUGACGUGAGGCUGAUAUUGAAGAAUGCAAUGAAGUAUAACAAAGAAAGAGACGAUGUUCAUGUUAUGGCCAAAACUUUGUUGGAUAAAUUUGAGACGAAAUGGUUGCAACUUCUGCCAAAAGUUGAUGAAGAGGAAGAAAGGCGGAGAGAAGAAGAAGCUGAUAUGCAACUAGAUGUACAGCUUGCACAAGAGGCUGCUUAUGCCAAAAUGACUAGAGAAUUAUGUUUUGAUCUGGAUGAGGUUGAUGCACAACUUGAGGAACUCAGAGAUUCGGUACUUCAAAAAUGCAGAAAGAUGACAACCGAAGAAAAGAAACGACUUGGGAGUGCUAUCACUCGUCUAUCUCCUGAGGACAUCAAUAAGGCUGUAGACAUAAUUGCCCAGAACGACCCCACGUUUCAAGCAGCUGGAGAAACUGUGGAAGUUGACAUUGACGCGCAGAGUGAAUCCACCUUGUGGAAAUUGAAAUUUUUCGUGAAAGCCACGUUACCGCUGCAGAUGAAGAGUUCAACCAGCACCAGAGGGAACAACAACGGCGACAACAACCAGAACUGCAAUAACAAACGAAAGCGAGAUGUACCCGAAAGCCUAGCUAAAACUGCACAGAAAAAGAGCAAAAAGCCCCCAAACUGA